ACAGCAGUAGCUACAGAAACUAUGAAGGUGAAGAGAUUCCUAAAGGGGCUUGACAGGAGGUAUGCGAACCUGGCCAUGAUGUCUGAUCAGUCUUUUGAUGUGGUGGUUGAUCGAGCCAGACAGAUUGAGAUUAGCUAUGCUGUGGAUGACAGCGGAAGAGCAAAGAAAAACAGAGCAGAGGGUUCCUCAGGUGUCCCUUCCAUGGGUACUCCGGACAGUGGUGGCCAGAGUAAUUACAGAGGAAAAAGUAGGAACAAGAAGAGUGGUUUUAGACACAAACCUCGAGGAUUCAGACCAGGGUACGGAUCCAGCAGUGGUCACAGUUCAGGGUACAGCAGUUCUGGGUCUGGUUCAGGAUCCUCCUUGGCACCUUGUGCACAGUGUGGAAGAGGACAUUCAGGACCUUGUUUGAUGGGAUCAGGAGUAUGCUUCAGGUGUGGCCAACCAGGUCACUUUGCUAGAGAAUGCCCCGUUUUCAGUGAGCCACAGAUGGGGUCACAGGGUUCUGUUGCAAAUGUUCCUCGCCAGUUGUAUCCGGGUACUUCCAACAUGGCAGGCAGUCAGUUCAGUGGCCAACAGGGCCGAGGACAAGGGGGACGUGGAUUUGGAGGCAGAUCAGGAGGUAGAAGUCAGUAUCAGGGUUCUGCCACUCAGGGUAGGGGUCAAGCUCGGGUUUUCACCCUGACCCACCAGGAUGCUCAGGCUUCAAAUGCAGUUGUGGCAGGUGAGCCGGGACAGCCUUCUUCCUCCGCCCAGCCGCCACAGUGAUUGUCGUCAAGUCUGUGAGUAAAAUAUUAAUUUUAAUUGUAAUUUCACUAUUAUUAUAUGUUCAAGCAUGCCCAUGCAUCACUUAUAUGCAUAUAUUUAUGUAGUUAAACUCU